CAGUCGUUUGCAUGGUUUGCAUUCAUGUAAUCAUCGGCUCACCGUGUCGCUCGGGUCGCGCAUGCAGUUAGUUUUUCGAAAUUUUUAUCAAACAAAAGUGUGAUUCUGUCCUCAAAUCGGUCCUAAAUCCCUGUGCUUUCUGAAAUCCAACUUCAAUGUAACGCGUAACUAUGUACCAUGUGUGUCGAUCGAGCUGGAGAGCGCCGCAAAUCUCUACCUUCAGCGGACUGUGCGCUCUGCUGAAGCGAACCGUUCUUCCCCAUCAUCAUCCUGUUUCAGUGUCGGCAAAAUGUGGUUCCUUCAGGGCGAUACGUUCCGCCAGCAGUGGAAAUGCCCACACAUUCGAUUCGAUGCUGGCCAGCAAACGAGCCGAAGCCCGGAGAAGCAUUCUGGUUCAGGUUAGCUCGGAACGGUCAUUCCCUGAGCUGGCAAAAUACUGUUCGCAGUUCGGGACGAUAGCCAGUUCGCACCAUUACCGGGUUGGGGCCAGUGGGGACGAUGAGAGCGACUACCAUUACAUCGUGGUGGAGUUCAGCGAACCGGAGGCAGCGGAUGCCGCUAUUCGAUCGGCGGUUUUCAACGAAGAGAAGCCUGGGGUCCGAGCUCGAUCGAUCUUCCUGUGGUUCAGGGCAGGGCCUAGGCCAAAGCUUGCUGUUAAGGAGUCUAAGGGCAAGGAAGACAAGAAGGCCAAAUUGAGCAGUAUAGAGGGGUCGAGGAUCGUUGGGGAUGAGGAGUUAAAAGAGUUGCUGAUGUCUGCUGAAAGCAUUGAAGAUCAGAUCCAGAUACUGCAUGGAGCGACCUGCCUGAAUGAUUUGGGUAAGCGGUUGAGAUUUCUGGCGGUGAGACAGGUGGAAUCUUCCCUGCAAGGUAUGUUUCCGCAGGCGGUUGCAUAUCCCUUCGGGUCGUCUGUGAAUGGCUAUGGAAAGAUGGGAUGCGAUUUGGAUUUGAUUCUGGAUCUGGAUUCAGAAGCUGGGGCUAAGCAAAAUCCUGACUCUAGACUGAUCUUCCACACAAAGGCAACGAACCCAAAUGAGAGGACACAAGUGCAACGGCAGUUGGAAUCGAUCGGGGACGUUCUCCAGCUGUUCCUUCCUGGGGUGAACAGCGUCCGGAGGAUAUUGAAGGCUCGAGUCCCCAUCAUCAAGUACCACCACGAGCACCUGGAUCUGGAAAUCGAUCUAACGAUGAACAACAUGACCGGUGUCUACAUGUCGGAAUUGCUGUACUUGUUCGGUCAAAUCGACCCUCGUGUUCAACCGCUGACCUUCUGUAUUCGCAAAUGGGCUCAAGCAGUUGGUCUCACGAAUCACGCACCCGGUUACUGGAUAACCAAUUUCUCGCUCACCAUGUUAGUCAUGUACUUUUUGCAACAGCUGAAAGAACCCAUUCUGCCUCCCAUCAACAAACUAGUUCAGAAUGCUUCCCCAACAGACCUUAGGAUAACCGAAAGCCAAAUUAACUGCUCCUUCCUCAGGGAUAUCAGCAAGCUCGACUUCAAGACGUCCAACACGUCCACCCUGGAAGACCUCCUCCUGCAGUUCUUCGAAUUCUAUUCCCAUUUUGACUUCAACCAGCGGGCGAUUAGUUUAAACGUUGGAACCUCCAUCCUGAAACCCGAUCACAGUCCCAUGUACAUCGUGAAUCCACUAGAGACCAUUCUGAACGUGAGCAAAAACGUAAACCUGGAAGAAACGGAACUGUUCCGCAUCCAGGUGCGAAACGCACUCUGGCUCCUAGACACGCACGACAAAUCCACGGCCGCCGAGAGCACCGAAUGGGGAUUGGUCAGCCUGUUCGGGAACAAGGUCAAAGACCGCAUCACCCCGCAAAUGUUCUUUACCAAGCGUUUGGUAAAUGUGAAGGACAUCUUCGACGACGAAGUGACGAACUCCGAAGGAGUGGACUUUAAGAAUAAAAUGGUGCGGAACCAGGUGGCCAACAUCCAGAAGGCAGCGCGCAACGAAAUCAACAAAUUGGCCGGGACGGGUAACGGCAGCGGCAGCAGCAGCGGGAUCAAGCUGAAGCGGAACGCCAAACGAAGGUGACCAUCGGAGGAUGAGGAGGAAGGGAAGAAUGAGGACACUAGUCUCUGAGAAAGAUGCGCAACCAUUUGUUGACUUUUUAGGGGUUUAACCAAUAUAUGAAAUCUAAAACUA